GCUAUGAUUGAAGAAGCCAUCGCUAGAGAAGUAUCUUUUUCAGUUAUGUACACACCAUUUGUGACAGAAGUCAAGGCUGGCAAAGUAAACAAGAUUAGGGACAUGUUUGCGAAAAAGCACCCUGAUUACAUGGAGCACAUAUAUACAGAUCCUCAUGGACUUCACAUCUUGCCACAGACGUCUGAGUGGCCAUCCCUGCCUCCCCAGCAGUACUUACUGACUCUGGGUUUCAGAAACAAGCAUAUUGGAAAAACCUUGGAAAGGUGGUCAAGUAGAAGACUGCCAAUCUUUUCAGACCGGAAAGCACCUUUCAGUCCUCCCACGAAAGAAGAAACAAAAAGAUAUUGGGAUAACACUGGGAAAAAAAUCGUGCCAGUAAUGGAUUUUAUAAGAAGCACCAAAUUAACUGACAAUCUCUGUGCUUGCUCACGUGGGAUAGAGAAGUUGCAUUACGCCAGCCUCCUCGGCCGUUUGCAGAGAGUCGAGGAACAGUCCCAAGUGAUUAAUCAAGCGAUGGCUGAGCUAGCAACCGUUCCCUACCUGCAGGACAUCAGUCAGCAGGAUGCCAAACUGCUGCAGUUGCUAAUGGCAGAUGCCAUGGACACCCUUGAAGGAAGAAGUGAUAGAAGACGUGUGUGGAAUAAAAUUCAGAAGAUUGGACUAAUUGAAGACUACUUAUACCAAGCAGAAGACAAUUACUUAAAGAACAAAAGGCUGAGAACAGCUAGGACGGAAAAAAUGAAAAUGAAGAGGACUCAAAGUACCCAGCAACAUUAGAGCCUAGGAAAUACAAAACUGUCCCUUACCAGCCCUAAAGACAUGGUCACACAGCGAGCAAGAAAAUUAACACUGGAGAUAUUUGAUAGAUAG